AUGGAGCCUCAUGAUCAGCAGCAGCAGCAGCUGCCUCGAGCAGCAAGCUGCACUCAUGAUCAAGACGGCGGCAGCAGUGGGAGUAGUAGUUUAAUGGUGUGCAAGCAGCAGAGCAGCAGUAGUGGUACCACAAGAUGGGCUCCCACGCCUGACCAGAUUAGGAUCCUCAAGGAACUCUACUACAACAAUGGAGUUAGGUCCCCAACCGCUGAUCAGAUCCAGCGGAUCGCAGCCAGGCUGAGGCAGUACGGUAAGAUCGAAGGCAAAAAUGUGUUUUAUUGGUUUCAGAACCACAAGGCUCGUGAGAGGCAGAAGAAGAGAUUCACCACUACUACUGAUCACAUCCCCAUGCAAAGAUCAUCAUCUGCUCUUACUGUUGGAAACAACAGUACUAUUGCCUUUCACGACAAGUACCCUAACAUGAUCAAUCCUUCCAACCCUGCAGGUGUCAUCUCUUCUGGUACUCCUCAUCCUACUGCGGUUGCUGUUGGGCAGAUGGGAAGCUGCUUCGGAUAUGGAUCUGUGCCAAUGGAGAACAGUUUUAUUAGGGACUGUUCAAUAUCAGCAGCUGGUACGGGCAGUGGUACCGGAACUCAUGUUGAUGGGCCUAUGAGCCAAAAGUUCAGUUGGGUUGGCAUUGAUCAUCCCUAUUCUUCAUCCUAUUCUCUUUUUGACAAGAGAACAAACUCAUCAAUGGGUCAUGAGAGCAGCUUGGGAGAAGAAGAAGAUGAUGAUGAAGAAGAAGAAGAAGAAGAAGAAUAUCAGGCAUCUCCCCCGCAGCUAGAAACACUGCCUCUCUUUCCCAUGCACCGUGAAGAAAUCACUGCUGCUACUGGCGGCUUCCGCAGCAUGAAGCCCCCUUCUGAUCAUCACUACGGCUACUACACAGGCUUCCACCGCCCUGUCGAUGUCGACCGCAACGCCAGGUCUCAUACCUCCCUCGAGCUCAGCCUCAGCUCUUUUGCUGGCGCCCGAUCACCUGAGUCUUCCUCAUGA